UUGAUCCCUCUUACUUAUACUAUUAUCUUCAUCUCCUUAUAUUUCUUGUCCUAAAAGAUGGUUUCGUUUGAUCGAGAAACAGUACUACUUCCAUCAGUUUUGGCGUUUAUUCUCGUUUGUUGCUGCUUCGUUGUCGACUCUAGAGCUGAUUGUGGCAUACCGGUAAAUACCAUCGUUGUUGAUCGGCAGCCGGGCCAAGGAAACUAUGUUACGAUUCAAGAGGCUGUUAAUUCAAUCCCAUCGGGGAAUUCUCAAUGGAUCAUUAUCCAGCUUAAUCCUGGAAAAUACGAGGAAAGGGUGAACAUUACAAGUGACAAGCCCUGCAUUGUGCUUCAAGGAUAUGAUAGAUAUAACACUUCAAUUGAAUGGAACCAGGGAACUACGGAGAAUCCCUUCGAUACUGCUGGUUUCACUUCCAAUGCUGAGAAUUUUGUGGCCAAAAAUAUAACCUUUAAGAACACGUAUAAUUUGGGGGUACAAGAAUUGCCGAUAGCUAAGGCUGUAGCAGCAGCCAUAAUAGGAGAUAAAUCUUCAUUCUACGACUGCAGUUUCAUUAGUGUUCAAGAUACGCUUGCCGACCAAUCUGGCCGCCAUUAUUUCCGUAACUGCCAUAUUGAAGGGGCUAUGGAUUUCAUAUUUGGCAACGGACGGUCCAUCUAUGAGGAUUGCGAAAUAUUGGUACAACCAUAUCCCGAUCCAGUUAAUAUCGUCAAAAGUGUUAUAACGGCACAAGAGAGGGCAAAUGAGGAACAAACGACAGGCUUUGUUUUCAAGUUUGGAAAAAUAAAUGGUGUACAAAAUCCGCCGACCUGGCUCGGAAGAGCUUUGACAAGUUUUUCGACUGUCCUUUUCAAAAACAUGAGCUUUUCUAGUGAUGGCCUAGUCAACAUUACGAGUGAAAGAUGGGAUAACAUGGGCCUUAGCGUAACAGGAAUUGUGUACGCGGAAGCAAAUAAUACUGGGUCAGGAGCCGACAUACGUAGUGAUGCAGUGACGUCGGAGAAGAAUCUUUCGGUGGAGCAGUGGAAUUAUUACACUGACAUAUCUUUCAUCGACCAGGAUCAUUGGCUGGGCCAACAACCCUAGAUACCCAAAUACAUGCAUGUAGUAAUUUUUUGAAUUCUUACGGCAUUUCAAUCAAUACUUAUAAUGUUUUUUUCUUAUUUAUAAGAAGAUACUCCAUGCUUAACGAGUUUGGAACUUGGUAUAAUAUCACCCAAUGACAGAAUUAUCGCGGCA